AACCUGCAGGCGUCUGCCUUGCAUUUUCCCUCUUACAGCAUCCCACACCCACUUCCCAAUGGAGAAACCUACCAAGGGCCUCUCAAACCUUCAGUGAAGGAGACGCAGAUAACUGAUAAAAAUGGGACAUGGCUCUCUGAGAACUAAUCUUUCUCCUCGCAGAUUUCAGUAACAAAUCAGAAUGGGAAUAAUUUGGGCAGUGGGUUGUGGGCAGUCAAACGGCCAGUAAUUUUGUGACUGCUUUAUUAACUGGGUCUAUUUAGGUGGCCAUGUGGCCUACUUUGCAGAUGACAGUUCUCUAGUUGAAGGGCCCAAAUCCAGCUGGAAGAUAGAGAUCCCUUGGAAGGAAGAGCAGCAGCCUUGAAGUUGCCCAUUAGCAGUUCACUCCUCAAGAGAAGACUGAGCAGGCACCCAGCAAAUACUUAUCUUCUGGGCAUAUUGGACUCCUCAUCACUUCUUCCAGAAGCAACUUGGACCCACAACUGUGCGACACUGAAACAUUGGAUGGCCAUGCCCUACAGUGGCACUGUACUGGACAGCUCUCAUUCUCCGUACUGUAUUAACUUUUACAAUCCUUAAAUUUCUCUUGAUGCCCACAAUAUACUUAAUUAUUUUCCAACACUGUGGGCAUUGAUGGAUCGGCUUGUGUUUACUGCACAGUAACUGUAACUUCCUGGAAAAAACGCAUCAACCAGACAGUUAACAAAUUAGCAAACUGUUUGCUCAGGCUAAAUAAACAGUGGGAGCCUAGAUAAAAUUGGUGGUGCGGAAUGACUUGUAAAGCAAAAGCUUACUGGAUUUUGAAAUAAGAGGACAUCUCACAGCCUCUGCUUACUGACUCUAUUGGCAAAGAAGACAAGAAGAAUAAAUUCUGCCACUACUUGUCUCCACUGCCAUGAUAUCCCUUGUAUUUCUUCUUGCUUUCACAACUAUCACCGGUGAAGCAUCACUUGCCCCUGCAGAUCAAAUAUUUCAGUACAUUGAUGCACAUCAACAUGAAUAUGUACAGAGACUCAGAGAAUGGGUGGCCAUUGAAAGUGACUCCAGUAACCUUCUGAAGAGGCAAGAUCUGAUUGAAAUGAUACAUUUAGCAGAAGAGAGGAUAAAAUAUUUAGGAGGAACUGUUGAGUUGGCGGAACUGGGUGUACAAGAGCUGCAUAAUGGAACUACACCUCGUUUGCCACCAGUCAUUCUGGCAGAACUUAAAAAGGACCCUAAAAAACAUACAGUUUGUUUUUAUGGACAUCUGGAUGUGCAGCCAGCCAGAUUAGAGGAUGGAUGGGCAUCAGAGCCAUACAAUUUGACAGAAAAAGAUGGUAGUCUGUAUGGACGUGGAACCUCGGACGACAAAGGGCAAAUUCUGGCUGUACUGAAUGCAGUAGAAGCACUUCAACAAUAUGAACUUCCUGUGAAUGUAAAGUUUCUCCUUGAAGCCAUGGAAGAAGUAGGAUCCCCUGGACUAUUGAAACUGGUUGAGGAGAGAAACAGUACGUUUUUUUCAGAUGUCGAUUACAUUGUGAUCACUGAUUCCUCAUGGAUUAGCAACAAACCAAGUAUUACAUAUGGAACAAGGGGAAACAGCUACUUCUUAAUUGAGGUUGAAUGUGCUAAAAAAGACUUGCAUUCAGGGACCUUCGGAGGUAUAGUUCCUGAAGCAACCAGUGACUUAAUAUAUCUGUUGAGUACCCUUGUCGAUUCUUCUGGUCAUAUACUGAUACCUGGGAUUUAUGAUGCAGUUGCUCCUCUUACGGAAAAAGAAAAGAAACUCUAUGAAAAAAUUGAAUGGGAUUUCAAGAAGCUGAAGGACACAUUUGGCAUAAGAAACUUCACAUAUAGCACUAAAGAAGAAUUAUUAAUGCGGAAGUCGCGCUAUCCAUCUUUGUCCAUCCAUGGAAUUGAAGGAGCUUUCUCUGCACCUGGAACUAAGACUGUAAUCCCUGCAAGAGUAAUUGGGAAAUUUUCAAUACGCCUGGUUCCCCAUAUGGAUCGCUCUGUAGUAAAAAAACAGGUAAUGGAUCAUUUGAACAAGAAAUUUGCUGAACGGAACAGCCCUAAUCAUAUGGAAAUAACCAAUGUGCAAGCAUCAAAGCCGUGGCUUUCUGAUACAGAUGAACCUCUGUAUUUGGCUGGAAGAAAGGCAAUAGAGAAAGUAUUCCACACUGAGGCUGACUUGACCCGAAUAGGUGGAACAAUUCCAAUUGUUUCACAUUUCCAAGACGUAACUGGAAAGAGUAUAAUGCUUCUAGGAAUAGGAGGACCAGAUGAUGCCCCUCAUGGUCAAAAUGAAAAGAUCAACAGGUACAACUUCAUUGAGGGAACCAAACUAUAUGCAGCCUUCCUUCAAGAACUUGCUUCUACCUAGAGAAGAUGGGAUGAUGAUAAAAACCCUCUAAAGCACAGCUGCAUACUUUCUUUUUUGAAAUGUUCUUAAAGGAACACAUAUGCACAAAUAUAUUUAGUAAUGUAAACGUGAUAAAAUCAAUAAAUACUUGUGUGGAAAAAAGAGAAGAUCCCCCCUGCAAUAAAAUGAUAUUUUAUUUUCUUUUUACAUUUGGAGGUCCCAUUCCUCCUUUCUUUAUGUGCCUGUACAGAACUUCAUUGCUUCCUUAAGAACUCUGGACUCUCAGAAAGGAAAAAGAAUAAAUAUUGCCACCUGGGUUUUCUAAAUUUAA